AUGGACGCUGAUGGUUUUGGUAUGGAUCAGAGGAAGAGAGGCGGGCAUUUUGGUGAACCCGAGUAUCGCGAUGGGAUGAGUGCGUCAACGAAGAGACAUUUCGAUCAUGUGAAACGAAAGAUGCUCGCCUUUGUCGAUCGACAACAUCGAAGAAAGAAAUCCGAUCGGGCCAUGCAAAUGCCAGCUUCGGCUCCUUUUCAUCAUAAGCCACCUCCUAUUUUUGCUGAUCAAAAUCGACCGCCUAAACCAACUAUUCAUCAUCCUACUCCACUAUUAUUACAUAAACCACAAGGCAUAUUUCCUGGCCAACAUGGACCACAAAAGAAUCUUGUACAUCGUGGAUUCGCGACACCUCAAAUUCCACAUCGAUUUCAAAAAGGAGGAAUAAAUAUGGACGGUAAAAUGCAUCCAAACGUAGCAUUCUUCUAA